GAAAGCUGCGCAUGCGUACUAUCAAUAUACAAAAUAGUCGGAUGAAUUUGGAUUGAGAUGGCUCUCCCAAUACAAAGUACGGAAGUAAGCAUAGAAGCUCUACAGGAAUAUCCAAUACAAAGUUUUCAAUAUGAUGGAAAGGAAAUUUCAACUGAGCCUCUUUCUAUGUCGGAAAACUUGAGCAGGUUAGCAGAAAGAAUAGACUUCACAUCAGAUGGCGGAGAAAAUGUUAAUGAAAAAAACAAAGAAGAAGCUCCUGCAACAUUUCAAACAAGUUCGUGGCCUUGGGAAUCGGUCAGAAAUAAACUUCGCUCUGCGUUGACAGAAACAAGCGUUUUGUUGGAUAUAUUAACUAUUGCUCGAGAUAGACGAUAUAUGUCUAUUGAAAGUAUAAAUAAUGAAGUGCCAGAUACUAGGAUUCCCCUGAAUUUAAUUUCAAAGAAAAAAGGACUGAAUUCAGCUGCACAGAUUAUUCAAGAUGGUAUAGAUAGAAUGAGAAAAACACUCCAAGAGCAGCAAUCUAGAUCAAUGGAUUUUCAUCAGGAACUAUACAAUAUGAGGCAGAGGGAUGGAUGGAAACUUCGUAAAGUCGGAAAUACUAUAAUUGGAGAUCUCAGUUACAAGUCAGCCGGCUCUCGGUACACUGCCCAAGGGACUUUCGAAGUAAAAAAGAGUGAAGAUGAGGAUGCAACCCACGAAGGAACAAGUCAAUCACCAGGAAGGGCACCCCCGCAAAUAAAUAGCUCUAUUCAAGUGUCAGUACCAACAGAAUUGGAGGGAUUUGUGUAUAUAUAUGCUUCUCUGAUAAAAGAUGAUGGUAAACUUAACUUCUCCGAUCUAAGUUCUUGCUCACCGCCUAUUCAGUACGCUCGCAUUGGAAAACAAUCUUGGCAAACACAUCUAGACAAUGCUCAAUAUGUUAUAUUUUGUAAAGAAAUUUUUCAUCAGUUAUCUCGAGAAGCUAUAACUAUGAAAUUUCCUCUUCCGAAUGUUGUCGUUGGUGAUCAAGUCCUAUGUCAUUUAUAUGACGAUGUCAAGUUAAUUAUAGCAAUGUGUCGGACGUUACCAGAUGAAGAUGAUUUAGGCCGUGUCAGAUCAAAUUUUACACCGACUCGACAUUUCGUACGACCAACUUAUUCAUAUGUUCUUGAGCAUAAUUUACAUCAACUGUUGCGAGAGAUCCAUUCCCGAACAGCAACACUUCCUCUUCCUCAUCCAAUUACAGGUCAUAUUGGAGCAACAAAAAGGAGAAGAUUGGCUGGCCCCUACGCUUUUGGAAAGAUAGAAUUGGAAGAGGCUAUGCCAUCAAUUUCUCUUUUGCAACAAAUUAUUAUACAAUCAAAACACUACUAUCUUCAUACUUUGGUAACAUCAGUAUUGGAUGAUAUAGCUAAAGAACACAUCGAUCCCCAAAUAAUUGUUCAUCAUGGUGCAAUAGGAACUGCUCAUCAGUCAAUGAUAAGAGUAUUUAUAUUUAACAGCUUUUCUGAAACAACACGAUGCUGCUUGUUAUUCAAAAUUGAGAGUGACAUCUUAAAGUGUGUCUCUGGCAAUAGUGUUUUUGUAGUAAACAGAGACGCUCAAAUGAUCAGAAAUAUUUUAGAAGAACAAAUUUGUCAUCAUAAACUCAAUUCUAUUACACUUGCGAUCAGGCUUACAAAUUGGAAUAUUCUUUCUCAGCAAUCGUAUAUUCCUGUUCGAUUUCAUGACGACAUGAAAUUUGGUGGUAAGCCUGGUUAUGUUCUUGUGGCUAGUCCUAACAGAAGAAGGGUGUUACUCGUUACCUGCUAUCCGAAGCAAAAAUGUACAGUAUCUCUACAACGAACGUCAACCGGAACGUUAAGUGACUUAAUAACUGAAGAAAAAUGGCACGAUCUGAGUGGUAAUUUUGAAGAAAUUGACUUGAAUUGUAUGGAUUUUACCCAUUCCAGUUGUUUCGCUACUAGAAUGGAAGCUCUUAUGUGCUGUUUGGAAAAAGAAACUCAGACAAAUUUUUAUUAA